CGUAUUGUAUUUGGAGUUGGUUCCCCAGGACAAACGCAACGCGGGAGGUGCCUCCGUUCGUAUCUAUCUAAUCUCUCUCUUUCCAAGCCGACUCCGCUGACAAAAUCCAGCAUAUUCCAAAUCCAUCAGUCACUACCAUUACCAACCCUACCCCUGUCACUCCUUCCCUCUUCUACGUAUACAUGGAUGCGUAAAUCUUGUUCUGCUUGUGUGUUUAAACUCGGAGGGGACGAUACAAACGAGGAGUAGAAUGGCUUGGAGGUUGAGUGCCGCGGAUGUGUCCGGGUUCAAGUUCUUGCUUUCUCUGGCUAUCAUGUAUGGGCUCAUGGCGAUGUUGGCCUAUUCCGUCGUCCACAUGAAGUUCGUAAAGCCGCUCGGGAUCGACGCGCCGCUCGAUCGCUUCUCGGAGGCGAGGGCGGUCGAACACGUCCGAGUUUUGUCCAAAGAGAUCGAUGGUCGCCAAGAAGGGCGUCCUGGUUUGCAAGAAGCUGCUCAUUAUAUCAAAGGCCAGCUGGAAAUGACGAAGGAGCGGGCCGGGUCCCAUAUUAGAGUAGAUGUCGAGGAGACCAUUGUUAAUGGCUCCUUCAACAUGAUGUUCUUAGGCUACAGCAUAACUUUGGCGUAUAGAAAUCACACAAACAUUGUUACGAGGAUGUCAUCGGCAGAUUCACUAGACACUGACCCGUCACUUUUACUGAAUGGCCAUUUUGAUAGCCCCUGUUCCCCAGGUGCUGGUGACUGUGGUUCCUGUGUUGCAUCAAUGCUGGAAGUAGCAAGACUCACUGUAGACUCUGGUUGGGUCCCUCCUCGGCCUAUUGUUUUUCUUUUUAAUGGUGCAGAAGAGCUAUUUAUGUUGGGUUCACAUGGUUUCAUGAAGACAAAUAAAUGGCAUGACACAGUUGGAGCUUUUAUAAAUGUUGAGGCAUCUGGUACUGGAGGUCUUGAUUUAGUUUGCCAGUCCGGACCUGGUUCUUGGCCUUCUCACGUCUAUGCCCAAUCUGCAGUAUACCCAAUGGCACAUAGUGCAGCCCAGGAUGUUUUUCCUGUUAUUCCUGGAGACACAGAUUACCGAAUAUUUUCCCAAGAUUAUGGCAACAUUCCUGGGCUGGAUAUCAUCUUUCUCCUUGAUGGUUAUUUUUAUCAUACCUCCUAUGAUACAAUGGAGAGACUAUUACCCGGAAGCAUCCAGGCACGUGGAGAAAAUUUGUUCAGCCUAAUUAAGGCCUUCACCAAUUCUUCUAAGCUACAGAAUACCCAUGAUAGAGAAUCUUUUGCCACUACUUCCAAUGAAUAUACAGACGAACGGGCUAUUUUCUUUGAUUACUUAACAUGGUUCAUGAUAUUCUAUUCAAGAAGAGUUGCUGUGGUACUUCACAGUAUUCCUGUUGCCAUCUUCCUUAGUGUUCCCUUCAUUUUGUGUUUACUGUAUUCUGGAUUGCGUUCUUGGUUUGCAAUCUUCUGUGAUUUUACAAGAGGAAUGCUGUUCCAUUUUGCUGGGAUUAUACUUGCAAUUAUUUUCCCAAUUUUAUUUUCCAUUCUAAGGUUGCUGUUCUCUGGUCAUGCAAUGAGCUGGUUUGCUCAUCCAUACUUGGCUUUUAUGAUGUUUGUCCCCUGUUCACUUGUUGGUCUGUUAACUCCAAGAAUUGUUUGGAGUUGUUUUCCCCUGUCUCAAGAUGUUUCAGACCUGAAGACUUCAAGAGAGGCACUAUCUAACGAAGCAAGAUUUUGGGGAGCUUUUGGGUUUUAUGCCAUACUCACUUUGGCUUAUCUUGUAGCUGGUCUGAGUGGAGGCUUCUUGACUUUUUUUGUGUCUGCCUCUAUGCUUGCUGCAUGGCCUUUCUUUUGCUUCUCAGUCAAAUAUUUCGGAUGCCAUUCACUCAGGUCAACAGUAUUUUACAUAAUACCCCUGAUUCCAUGCCUUACGUACUGUGUUUACUUUGGGGGGUUUCUUGCUCAAUUUUUGAUCGAGAAGAUGGGUAUGAUGGGUGCUAUUCCACCCCCGUAUGGAUAUUUCCUUCCAGACAUAAUAGUGGCAGCAAUAAUUGGAGUUGCAAUGGGUUGGUGUGGGCCCCUAAUACCUAUAUGUGGUCAUUGGUUGGCGAGGUCAUCAAUUUUUCAACUUUUGCUGCAUCUUACCGUGCUUGCUUUGGCUCUGUCAUCACAAUUCUUUCCAUACAGCACAGAUGCACCUAAGAGGGUUGUCUUCCAGCAUACAUUCCUUACUGCAGAUGGAAAUCAGGUUGUGGACUCUUCUUAUGACUUUUCUGUAGUGGAUUCCAAUUCUUUAGCUUUUGUUUUCAAAUAUGCACCUGAAGUGGCAAAUGAAUUACACGUUAGUUCGGAGUUUUCUUUCGAAGCUGCUACAUUGUCUCGCCGGGAGACUUGGAUGGCACUAUUUCCAGUUUCUUUUUUGUUCUCAAGAAGCUUGAAGUUCCCUACACAAAGUGAUGGCAUUCUGAAGCAGUAUAAAUACUUCCCCCAUUUGUCUGUUUAUAAGCAACAUACAAUUUCUAGCAAAGGAUCUCGAAGAGUUCACUUGGAAUUUUCCUUAGGUUCCUUAGAGGAGGUUUGGGUUACAGUCCUAAACAUUACCGGUCCCUUAUCCAGUUGGUCAUUUGCAGAUAAUGUUCUUCCAGCUCCUGAAACAUUAGACGGUGGUCCACCUUCAUAUAUAUGCAGACUUAGCGGAGCCAGCCAUGAGAAUUGGACCUUCUGGUUAGAGGCUAGCAGUUCUGAAGAUUUGAGAGUGGAAGUUGCUGUAUUAGACCAGAAAUUAGUUGGUGGGGCAAAGAAGUUGAAAAGCCUUUUUCCGGACUGGGUGGAUGUUACUGCUUAUUCUAGCUUUAUGUCCAGUUAUGUUUUUUAAUCCCACACUGACAGUUUUUGUUUUUAUUUUUUCCAAAAUACCAAGAAAUGGGCUUUGCCCCAUAUUAGUUGGGAAAUUUAAAUCUCGCAUGAGAUAGAUUAAUAAAGUUAAUCUCAGUCUUGAAAACA